GUUGACCACUAUUCAGUUUGAUGAUAUAUAUCUCAGCUCAGCUAGCUAUAUUUACACAUUUAAUUCUAUAAAAUAAAACAAAAACAAAAAGAACUUGUUAAUUAGUUCAUUUUAUAGUUAAUUGAUUGUUCCUAUUUUCAGAAGUACAGGAAAAAAGCAAAGAAAGUCCCAAGCAGAGAUGGGUAUUCAUUUUCCUUCCUGGAGAAUUAUCCUUUCUGUUCUACUUGUUUUAUUGUUUGUCAGAAGCAGUAGUUCCAGGAUGAUAAGUGACUCACAAUUGAAAGACUCUGCUGGUGAUGAUAGCCAACUACUCAUCAAGAAUGGCCUUGUUGAUCAUCAAAUGCAUCACAUGGACCCUUCAGUCCAUGUUUUCUUCACCUUAGAUGAUCUAAAAGCUGGAAAAAAGAUUCCAAUCUACUUCCCUAACAAAGACCCUUCUGAUUCUCCCCAUUUGUUAUCUAGAGAAGAAACCAAUUCCAUACCUUUCUCUUUAUCACAACUCCCUUACCUUCUUGAACUUUUCUCUCUCUCCAAAGACUCUCCUCAAGCCAAAGCCAUGGAAUAUACUCUAAGGCAAUGUGAUGUUGAACCCACAGAAGAAGAGACCAAGAUAUGUGCUACUUCUUUAGAAUCAAUGCUUGAUUUUGUACGUGCCACCUUUGGAUUGGAUACCCAAUUCAAAGUUUUAACUACUAAUUAUCUCACAUACCCAGUUACACAAUUACAAAAUUACACUGUUUUGGAAGACCCAAAAGAGAUUCUUGCAGAAAAAAUUGUAGGAUGUCAUGUAAUGCCUUACCCUUACGUGGUCUACUAUUGCCAUAAAGCAGAAGGUGGGGACAGGCUGUUUGAGAUGUUACUGGGUGGUGAGGAUGGAGAAAGAGUGCAAGCUCCAGGAAUUUGCCAUACGGACACAUCUCAAUGGGACAGGGACCAUGUAUCGUUUCGUCUGCUGAAAAUGGAACCUGGAACUUCGCCAGUUUGCCAUUUCUUCCCAGCAAACAACAUACUUUGGGUGCCUUUGUCCGCUUAACUAAAAUUUAGGAUGUAAUUGUACAUUUUUUAAAGUGUUAAUGUAGUGUUUUUGUCCUGCUUAAUAUCGUAUGUAAAAUACUAGUGUGCUUGUCAUUAUUGCCCUGCAAGCUCCGUUUAGGGAGCAUCUCCUUCUGAACUUGGCUGAAGGGUCUAUGUACUCUAUAUAUUUUUCUAUGAAUCUGUAAUUUGUGAUGGUUGAUCUGUAAUUAUAAAUAAACAGAAUUUUUAAUUAA